CGUUCCCAAUAUCCAGCGCAAAGAGCGUGCUGUAAAGAAGCUGAACGAGGCAACGGAGCAGGAUAAGCCAAAUCAAAAAGAAAAGGCUUAUAAGCUUUAUAUGGAGGCAUUAGAGGACGCGGGCGUUUAUCUUUUCUUUGAAAAGGACCCGAAGAUUAAGAAAGAGUGUAGGCAGAAAUUUGUGGGCCAUUAUAUAAGGGCAACAAAUUAAGAGACAGUAGUACUGAAUACGUUCAAGAAUCCUAUUUAUCUCAUAGAGCAGAAGUCGGUCUUGGCCUAGCAGACUCGUCCUUGAAGUUGAGUGAUGUGGGUGGACUUGAUACUUGCAAAAAAUUAUUGAAAGAAGCUGCCAUACUGCCUAUUGAGUUUCCUCAUUUUUUUACUGGGAAUCGAAAACCAUGGAAGGCUAUAUUACUAUAUGGUCCACCUGGGACAGGGAAGACCCACGUGCAAAUGCGAUUGCAACAGACGCACGCACAGCUUUCUUUAGAUGGAAUGUUGCCAACACAAUUACAUGUGUACUGUCUAUACACAGUGUUUCGGCAUCGAACAUUGUAUCCAAAUGGAUGGGAGAAGGUGAAAAGCAAGUCUCAAAUAUUUUCCAAUCUGCUCGUUAUGAAGCUCCAUCCAUUAUUUUUAUUGAUGAAAUUGAUUCCUUAUGUGGCCCGCGAGGUAAGGACAAUGAGAAUGAAGCCUCUCGACGAAUCAAAACAGAAUUUCUUGUACAAAUGCAGGCUGUAUCCAACGAUGCGAAAAAUGUUCUGGUUCUAGCAGCCACAAAUACUCCUGAUGAUUUGGAUGUGGCCAUGAGGAGGCGUUUUGAUAAGCGAAUCUAUAUCCCUCUCCCAAAUAGGAAGGCAAGGAAACAAAUAUUUAAGUUGCAUAUUGGGAACACUCCUCACAACCUUAGUACAAAGGAUUUUCAAGAUUUAGCAAAGAAAACACGAGGUUUCUCUGGUUCAGAUAUAUCCAUUUUCGUUGCGGGUCUCAUGAACAGUGCUCAUAGACCCACAGAAAUGAAACACAGAAGCACUGGAUAGCACAAAACGCGCUAUCCAAACUCACACUAUAUGGCUGAAAACUGGUAGUUACUUGUAGGUUAAAGAUGCACUAUAUCAGCCUGUUCGUGCAACUCUUGAUGCUAAAUUCUUCGAAGAAAAUCGUCAAGGUAUGUGGGUCCCUUGCGAAGGCAAAGGUACUGACCAAAAAGCCAAGGAGAUUACCUUAGAGAAACUUAAAGCGGAAGUCGGAGCUGAAAAGAUCCAGCUACCACCCAACACAAAAGCAGAUUUUGAUAGUGUGCUUGAGAAACAAAAGCCAACUGUGAGUAAAGCUGAAAUUGAUGCGUGUGUGAAAUUCACCAAGGAUUUUGGGAGUGACAGUUAAGGGCGAAAAAUGUAGAGGCACAUAUUAUUAUUUCUAUGGUUUCUUCCUAUUGUGUUUCUAAUUAUGGUUUUUUUUUGGGGAGGAUAAAAGUAUUUGUUAUCCAUUUGCUAGUGUUUUGUGAAUGUAUCUGGGCUAGACAUUUGUCAGUAUGGUUAGAAGCUUUCUAUCCCUUUUCCUUUAUGUCCAACUUUUUAUUUUAAUAAAAAAGCAAUAAACUAGCUUAUUUUUUUUUUCUUUU